AUGUUCCAUCUCAAGAACACGGGACCGAAGCUAGACCCCGAGGAGCUCAAGCGCAAGAUGCAUGAGGACGUGGUCUCCUCGGUCCGCAACUUUCUCCUCCACGUGGCCCUGCUGCGCGUCACACCCUGUAUUUUAAAGAAGUUGGACAGCAUAUGAAGAUCAUGAUUGAAGAGAGACAUUGGCAUGUGAGAGCAUGAACUUCAGAAUAUGUUUCCGAUUUCUC